AUGGACAGCUUCAUGGAGUCACUGAACAGACUGAAGGAGGCCCAUGAGAAGGAGGUCCUGGGCCUGCAGAACAAGCUUCUAGAACUGAACUCUGAGAGGUGCCGGGAUGCACAGAGAGUAGAGGAGCUCUUUGCCAAGAACCACCAGCUCCGGGAGCAGCAGAAGGCCCUGAAGGAGAACCUGAGGGUGCUGGAGAACAGGCUGCGGGCUGGCUUGUGCGAUCGCUGCAUGGUCACCCAGGAGCUGGCCAGAAAGAAGCAGCUGGAACUGGAAAGUGCACACCUGCAGAGCCUACAGCAUCUCUGCAUCCUCACCAAUGAGAUGAAUGGGCUGAGGGAAGAAAAUAAGCUCCUGAAGGAAGAAGUGAAGAGGCUUCAGAGUUUGGGAGACAAGGCUGCACCCCAGGCCUGGGAGGGCACCUCAGAGCCCCCAUCACCCAUGCCUCUUCCCUCACCCGGUAACCGGAAGGGUGCCACCGAGAACCCCCCAGGAGUCCUGGAGGAAGCUGAGGAAGAACAGCCAGGUACAGAUAAGGUAUCAAGUCACAAGACAUCCCCGGUGUCCAGAAUCUCUCCAGCUGCAAACCUGCCUGAGCCACGAGCCUUGGACAUGAGCCCUCAGUGCAUCGCCAACCAACUGCACUCGACAGUAGCUGUGGUGCGGCCUGGCUCCCGGGCCUGCCCACCAGACUGUGGCACUGCCAACGGAACACCCCCACCGCCAUCCACCAGAAGCAGCCCACCCAGCCCAGCACAUGAACAUGGCUUCCCUGUGGACAGCUUCCUGCGGGUCUCCCGGCCAUCAGCCAUAGCCUAUGAGACCCUGAAGCGCUGCCUUCAGACUGAUCGCCUCUGUCUUCUGAAUCGCCACCUGUCUCUGCACCUGCAAAGUCCCCACAGCAGCCCCCUGGCUCCUGCUAUAGCUGCCAACAGCCCCCUGCCCCAGGGCCUGAAGACUAGAGAGGCAGAGGCAUGGGAGGAGCCUGGUGCCUUGGUGGGCAUGCAGGACCCACAGCUAGAAGGAGCAUUGCAGCUGCUGCUGGUCCAGCAGCAGCUGCAAGCACAAGCACGGGCAGGCAGGGCCAGGUUGAGGGGCCCGUCCACACAACAUGUACCACCUUCCCCACCAGCUGCCUCAGAUUCUGAGAACUCAGAGAGUGGGGCCCCCAGGACAGCUCUGAGCACAGAGGCCCAGCCUGAUGGGUGGCACCCUCAGGCCACAGGCCAAUGUAGCCCCCCGAGGGAGGAGAUACAUGUGACCACUCAGGACUGUCCUCCAGACAAGCCUCUGGACCUCUCUGACCGGGGACGGUGUCGGGACAUCCCCAAAUCCACUGGCCAACCUUUGCCUCUCAGCACCACAGUUGUCCACACUCCCAGCCCCCAGCCGACCACCUUGUCCAGACCCAUGAUUCACAGCCCCCAUACUCUCAGCAAUGACGGCAGCACACAGACCAGAGCUCAGGAGCCUGAAGAACACUCUACUCCCAAGGAUACCUCACACCCUCUCCCAGGGACCCAUGCCAGCCUGACCUCUCCUGGAAGACCAGCAGAGGAGGCUGGAGGAAGGCCCAGGCCAGCACCCCACCUGCAGAGUCCUGACACUGAUGGGACCACAGAGCCCAACAAGGUCAGGUCACAGAGGCCAGAGUUGGAGCAACUGGAAGAGUCAGACACCAAGGUGGGUCUGACCUCUGAAGCAAGUGCAGAGCCGAGCGUGCUAGGAGAAGGACAUGCUGAGGACCAUCAACAGGGUCCACAGCAGAAGAGGAAGCGGACCUCAGAUCUUCAGGACAAAGGUACUCACCUCCUAGAAGCUGAAAGCCAGAGAAACACCUAG